CUGGGAUCAGCUCUGCGCCGAGCGCCCAGCGCAGCCCGCCCACGCCCCCGACGUCCUAGCACCGCCCCGCCGCGUGUCGCACAGGCGGCGGGCGGGGCCCGGAUCCCGGAACCGCCGGCAGUGGAGGCGGGACCUGCACAGGCCGUCCAAUGGCGGUAACGGGCGGGUCCCGGCACGCACCUGCGAGCCGACUAGUCAAAGUCGAGGGGCUGGAGCCGGUCAAGAACUUGGGAGGCGGAAUCCAGCAACGCAAAAUGCUGAGCUCCUCCCUGAGCUCCCAGAAUGGCACUUGGACAGAGCCCUUCUCUCUGCUUUUGGGUCUUGGCGCUGCCCUCUACUUGGGCUACUACUGGGCGUGUGUGCCCCAGAGGCCUCGACUGGUGACUGGGUCCCGGUUUCUGGCCUUCCUGGAGCAACACUGUCCAGUCACUGUGGAGACUUUCUAUCCUACGCUAUGGUGUUUCGAGGGGCGGCUACAAACCAUCUUCCGAGUCUUACUGCAGUCUCGGCCUCUAGUCCCUUACUGGAGUGAAGUCCUCCAAACCCCAGAUGGAGGACAGCUCCUGCUAGACUGGGCUGGCCAGCAUGACAGCAGUCAAUACCCUGACCCUACCACCCAGCCCAUUGUAUUACUGCUUCCUGGUAUCACAGGCAGUAGCCAAGAGACAUAUAUCUUGCACCUGGUUAACCAAGCUUUGAGGGAUGGGUACAGGGCUGUCAUAUUUAAUAACCGGGGCUGCCGUGGGGAAGAACUGCUGACCCACAGGUCCUUUUGUGCCAGCCAUACUGAAGAUCUGGAGACAGUCGUGAACCACAUAAAGAACCGCUACCCCCAAGCUCCACUGCUGGCCGUGGGCAUCUCUUUUGGAGGAACAUUAGUGCUGAACUACCUGGCACGAAUGGGGCCGGCUGCAGGGUUGGUGGCAGCACUGACUCUAUCUGCAUGCUGGGAUUGUUUUGAGACCACCCGCUCCCUGGAGACCUCACUCAACUCACUGCUCUUCAAUCACCGCCUCACUGCUGGGCUCUGCAAACUUGUGGACCGAAAUAGAAAGGUGACGGAAAAGGUGGUGAAUGUAGACUUUGUGCUACAGGCCCACACAAUCCGCCAGUUUGACGAACGCUACACAGCUGUGGUCUUUGGAUAUCAAGACUGUGUUACCUACUACCAAGCAGCGAGCCCAAGAACAAAGGUAGAUGCUAUCCAGAUCCCUGUGCUUUGCCUCAAUGCAGCUGACGACCCCUUCUCCCCAGUCUAUGGCUUUCCCCUGCAGGCUGCCCAACACUCUCCCCAUGUCGCCCUGCUCAUCACAGCCCAGGGCGGCCACAUCGGCUUCCUGGAAGGGCUGCUCCCCUGGCAGCACUGCUACAUGAGCCGCCUCUUGCAUCAGUAUGCCAAAGCCAUCUUCCAGCACCCAGCGGAGCUGCUCAGCCUCAGGGCUCUCUCACCAGAGGGAGGCAAGAGCUGACAAGAGUACCAUUUGGGGUCUCAGUUCAGUCU